AUGGGCAAAGAUAACGAAAAGCAGGCCAAAGAUCAGGCAAGAAGCCGUCUCAACCAGGUCUCCUCGCAUAUAUCUCCCAAAGCCAAGUCCAAAUCCAAAUCCAAAUCAACUCUCCCAGCCGACCACUCAGACGUGCUGGACCAAAUAGCAACACUUCGUCGAAUCGCUGCAACGCCUGAUCCCAAGCAAAGAGGCUAUAUUCGGCAAAAGCAAGCCGGGAAACUCUGGGUGCGUGAGCGUAUCGACCAGCUUCUCGAUGCAGGAACCUUUCAAGAGAUAGGUUCUGUUUCGGGAACAGUUGCCUGGCAGAAGACGGCACCCCGGCGCGAAAAGCCAGUUUCUUUCGUACCUAGCAACAAUGUUCAAGGUGCUGGACUACUGGGUGGGAGGAAGGUUCUCCUGACCGCUGACGAUUUCAGUAUUCGAUCUGGCCAUGCCGAUGGAGCAAGCACGGGGAAGACGGUGUAUGUCGAGAAACUUGCUAUUGCACUGCGCGUGCCGGUCAUCAAGCUUGUUGACGGUAGCUCUGGGGGUGGGAGUGUGACGACGAUCAAGAAAGAGGGGUGGAGCUAUCUUCCCCAUGUGGCAUCGUUUCCAUUUGUGAUUCAGCAGUUGAAUAUGGGAAUCCCUAACUUGGGUGCCGUGGUUGGACCAGCGGUAUGUCUUCCUGAUAGACGGAUGAAUGGAGCUGACGGAUUAAAGAUUGGGCUUGGAGCUGCUCGAGUUACAUCCUGCCAUUUCUCAGUCAUGGCGGCUGAUGUAGGGGCGUUAUUCAAUGCUGGUCCCAAGGUUGUUGAGGGUGCGACAUUUGAAGAAGGCCUGGACUUUCAGGAUCUGGGCGGUCCCAUGGUCCAUUGUACUAACGGCACGAUUGAUAACCUCGCGGCGAAUGAGGCUGAGUGCUACGAGCAGCUACGCACGGUAUUGAGUUAUUUACCCAAUAGUGGCAGCGAGGCGCCGCCGGUGAUCCCAUGUGCAGACCCAGAGAACCGCGAAGACAUGGCCUUGCGGAGUAUUAUCCCGCGACGACAAGCGCGCAUGUAUAACGCACGUUCAAUCAUCUUGACAGUCGUUGAUAAAGACUCUUGGUUCGAGAUUGGUGCGCUCUGGGGUCGUACUGCCAUUGGUGGUCUGGCAAGACUAGGUGGUCGACCUGUUGGGAUUAUCUCGCUGAAUUGCGAAGUAAAUGGAGGGGCGUUGGAUGCAGCCGGGAGUCAGAAAUUGACGAGGCUGCUGAAGCUGUGUGAUGUUAUGAACUUGCCUAUUCUGCAAUUCCUGGACGUCCCGGGUUAUGCAAUUGGCACGGUGGCUGAACGCACAGCAACAAUGCGCUGGGGAGUCGAGCUGGCCAAGGCCUACUUCAGCACCACUGUACCGGUCUUCAAUGUGGUCACUCGGCGUGUGUUUGGUGUUGCUGGCGGUGUUAUGUUGGGUUGUCGGGAUCCGGUCAUGCAGGUCGCUUGGCCUUCUGGGCAGUGGGGCUCGUUGCCACUGGAUGGAGGUAUCGAGGUGGGCCAUCGACAUGAGUUGCGCGAGGCCGAGAAGGUUGGAAAGAAAGAAGAACGAUAUCAGGAACUUGAAGAAGAAUACCAGCGGUUGAUGAAUCCUGUUCGCACCGCGAAUGCGUUUGGCAUUGAGGAGAUCAUUGACCCCAAAGACACAAGAAGUGCUUGUUGUGCCUGGGCGUCCCAUGUAUAUGAAUUCCUGAUGAAAGAGCGACUCGCUGAUCGGGCCUGUGGGAAACUGCAGCCGUCUUUCGCAUGA